AUGAACUUGACGGAAUUACAGCAGCAUCGUGCAAAUACAAAGCGAAAUAUCAGCCGCAUUAAAAGUGUAAUCGAUGCAAAUGGUCGUGGCGAUGGUCGAACAUUAUCUUCUGCGGAACUAAAGUGUCGAUUUGGAAUAGCCGAAUCAUAUUUUAAGCAGAUUCUGUCAUAUCAAACACAAAUUGAAGCGCUGGACCCUGAUGACAAUUCUCGUGGCGAUCUGGAAGAAUUGUAUAUAGGAAAUAAGCUUGAAAUUGAAUCACAAUUGUGUGAAGAAGUAAACACUUCAACUUUACAGUCAACACUGUCAGUUUCACAGCCGCAUCCGCACAAAUUGCCAGCUCUUAAACUGCCCUCAUUCAGUGGCAAAUAUUCAGAAUACAACAACUUCAUUACUUCCUCCAAUCAAAUAAUAGAUCGGGAAAUGGUUUUAUCUAACGUAGAAAAAUUUAAUCAUUUGUUGAACUGUUUGCAGGGUCCAGCACUCGACACCGUCAAGGCGUUUCAAGUUAGCAACGAGAAUUAUCCUAAGGCGCUCGAACGACUGAAGUCGCGCUAUGACAACCCAACUUUGAUAUUCAUGGAAAACAUCACGUCACUCUUUGAGCUUCCGGCAGCAGCUAAACAAGACCGCGACAUAGCCAACGCAAUGCUGAUACAUCUUGUGAUUGGAAAGGCAGAUGAAGACACUCAACGAAAAUGGAAGGAGUCGCUCGAUUUUACGAGCUUGCCGACAUGGAAAGAUUGUGCCAAACUACUCGAAAGGCGCUGCCAAUAUUUUGAGUCCAUAGAUUCCAGCGGCAAACAAGAUACAGCACACUCGUCGUCACAGAAGUUUGAGCAAUCCAAAUCAUCGCGUCGCCACGCCUUUUCUAUCACAAGUUCCCAGCGUAAUUGUGUUCUAUGUUCCAGCAACGAACACGUCAUCAAAGAUUGCCCUCGUUAUAAAUCGCUAGAUGUUGGCUCGCGCUUCGAAAAUGGAAAGAAACUUGGAUUGUGCAACAACUGCCUUGCUCCAGGGCAUUUCGUUUCAAAAUGCCCGUCGACUUUCAAAUGCAAAUCAUGUUCAGCUCGCCAUCAUUCGUCGCUAUGUAGAAAAUAUGAAGUGAGUUCAACGACAUCGCGCGACGCUAGUGCGAUUGUACACACUCAUUUGGGUAAUUCGUCCUUCCAGCAAGUAAUUCUUGCAACCGGAAUCGUAUUAGUGCGAGAUGCUGCAGGCAAUUACCAACUUGGUAGAGCAUUACUUGAUUCGUGCUCACAAGUAAAUUUUAUAACUGACAGUUUUUCGCAACGUCUACGCCUGCAAAGGAAGAAGCAACGCGUGGAAAUUUUAAGCAUCGGCAAUUCACCAACAACCAUAAGGCAUAAGGCUAUAGCUACCAUCAAAUCACGUCAUUCAGAUUUUGAGUUGCCACUUGAGUUUUGCGUAACGCCACACAUUUCACAUCAACCAGUGCCUGACAUAGACGUUUCAUCCUGGAACUUGCCAGCGAAUAUAAAUCUGGCCGACGAACAUUUUCACAAAUCGCAGGGAGUUGAUUUGCUAUUAGGAACUGAUUGCUUCUUCAACGUCCUAUCCAUCGGGCAAAUUAAGUUAAAGGAAUCACUGCCAAUCUUGCAGAAGACUUUGCUGGGGUGGAUCGUUGCUGGCAAAUACAAUUCACCAACAGUUAUCGCAGCAUCCAUUUCACCAUGCAGCGUAUCGGAUACUUCGCUUACCAAUGGUCCAGCAUCUAUCAACGUAGCAUCGUGUUUGUUAUCUUGUGAGGAAAUAAUACAGCAGCAAUUGGAGCGAUUGUGGCAAAUCGACAAUACGACUAUCAAUGCAUCGCCACUCACCGAUGAACAGGCUGCUUGUGAAGCAUUUUUUGUGAAGACCGUGGAUCGUGAUGCUACGGGUCGAGUCAUAGUGCAAUUGCCCUUUAAGAACGAUGUCGCUGUUCUGGGUACAUCGUAUGGUACUGCGCUUAGACGAUUCAUUUCGCUCGAACGUCGCCUUCAAUCGCAACCGGAAGUUAAGUCACAAUAUGUAGAUUUAAUGCAAGAAUAUGAGGCAUUGGGCCACAUGACGAAACUUGAAAACGUUGACUUGUCAAGCCCACAUUUCUACAUGCCUCACCACUGCGUACUUCGGCCCACCAGUACCACAACAAAGCUACGUGUUGUCUUCGACGCGUCGUGUCGCACAUCUACCCAAAAAUCGCUAAACGACAUACUUCAA